AUCGUGUCGCGGCGGUGCAAUUUGAUUCGCCUGGGAACGUGAAAUUCAUUCGCACACGAAACCCGGGAGUCAUUUUUCUUUUUUCGAAACGAGAACCCAACAAAUAAAUGCCAUUCAUUAAUCAUGCAGAGCAUGACACCUGGAUCAAACUUGGACAUUGACCUCGGAGUCAACAACUUAAGGUUGUUUCUUUGCAGGAUCAGAAGUUGUAUUUAUGUGGGAUCGUUCGAUGGAGACAUCAACUGAAUCUGGGGUAUCACUAUCACUUGAUCUCUGCUCAGGAGCUUCCUACAGAUGGCCGGAAUUGCUGUUGCUGGUUCUGUUCUGUUUCAGGCAAAUGCUGGCAGACAUCUUUCUGGCGCAUCUUUGCAGUAAAUAGAAGCUCAAGAGUUCGUCUGAUAUGGUGCGCUUUAGAAUGCUUGUAGGCCGUGCCCGGUGGAACCCGUGUCCCCGCCACACAUUUUUAGCAGAGAUGAAUCAAGGCCAUCAGUAUCGAUUCCUGUCCAAUUGCACAAAGAAUUCAUGCCAGCUCUCCCGGCAUUUAUUUCCUUGAAUCAGCGGCGACAUGAAGUACUUCCCUCCAAGUCUCUUCAAACUAGUUUGAUUAGAUGUUUUGAUACAAAUAAGGGAGCUUCUGCUAAAUCUGAAGCAAAUGCAAAACCAAAUAACAGAUAUUUUGACAGAGAUACAAUUGCCGAUGCUGCUGCCAGGAUUGCUCCGGCAGUUGCUAAUGUAUAUUCUCAACAAGGGCGAGUGCUAGCUGGGGAGAUAGGUUCUGGAACUGUUAUUCAUGAGGAUGGCUACAUCUUGACCUGUGCUCAUGUUGUCUUCAACACAAAAAACGCUAUAUAUUCGGCUGAUGGGGAGGUUUCUGUAUGCUUGCAAGACGUGGAGAAAAGUAUUGUAGGCCGAGUUGUUGAUAAAGACCUUGUAGGCCAAGUUGUUGAUGCUUAUGUGGAUCUUGACAUUGCCAUUAUAAAGAUUGAAAAACCACCUUCUCCCCUUUCGGCAGCAAAAGUUGGCUCAUCAAGUAAGCUUCGUCCUGGAGACUGGGCAAUAGCCAUGGGCUGUCCACUUUCCCUUCAACACACUGUUACGCUCGGGAUUAUCAGCGGUGUUCAUCGCACGAGCCAUGAUUUGAGCCGUGGAGGAAUGAUGGAGUAUCUACAAACUGAUUGUGCAAUCAAUCUUGGAAAUUCCGGGGGUCCUCUUUGCAAUGUUGAUGGAGAAGUAGUUGGAGUCAAUGUUGAGACUGUGAAGCCGGUCAAAGCAUCUGGAGUGAGCUUUGCUGUACCGGUUGAUUUCAUAUCAGCUAUUAUAAAGCCCUUCCAGAAUUUUCAGAGGGAUAUACAACCUGAUUUCGGAUGGAUUAUGUGGAACAUCUGUGAGAACAACUUCGAAGCACUUAAACAAAGUUACCACAAGUUUCCUAACGCUAUAGAUGUUGGUGUCUUUGUACUAAAGGUAAUAAAAGGAUCCCCUGCUGAUCGUGCCGGCAUUCAAACCGGCGAUGUCGUUGUGGAACUUAAUGGAAAACCAGUUCGAAACAUCAAAGAGAUGAUGGAUGCUAUGGGGGAGAGAUCCGGCGCACCUGUCCAGGUACUUGUGGAGAGAGCCAGGGAUGGCAUGGAUGCUUCGGUUCCUCUGACCAUAACUUUCCAGGAGAAAGGUGUCGCGAGAUCGUAGACCGAUCGGAAGCCCCCACUUUGAUCUCGACUUUGAUAAGUGCAUAGUUAUGUGCAGUACAGUAGAAGUCCAAGUGAUCUGUUCACCGUGGA